AGUUCUUUGAUGAAAGGUGCUAGGUUCCAUCUACUUGCUCCUCGCUGGAACGCUUCGCUCCUAGGGUCACUUCGGUUUUCCGCCCCUAUCCGUACUAUAUCUGCCAUGACUAACCAACAGGCACCUACCGGCGGAAGUCCGCGUGUAAUUCUUGGGACUAUGACCUUUGGGACAGGCGUUGGUGGUCGUAUCAAUGAUUUGAAAGAGAUUCGCCGAAUUCUGGACCUCUUUCAUUCGCAUGGACACACUGAACUUGACACUGCUCGCAUGUAUUGUGAUGGAAAUACCGAGCAAGUCCUUGGUGAACUGCAAGUGCAAACCACUCCUCCACAUUUUAGCGUGGCGACCAAGGCAUUUCCCUUCGAACCGGGCAUGCAUGAACCUGAGCGCCUGAAGGCACAAUUUCGCGCUUCCUUGAAAGCGCUGAAUACAAAGCGCGUAGACAUUUUUUACCUGCAUGCACCCGAUCAUGCCACUCCGUUCAGCCAAACAUUGAAAGCGGUUCAGGAACUAUAUGAAGAAGGAACCUUCGGAGAGCUUGCCUUAAGUAAUUAUGCUGCCUGGGAGGUUAUGCAGAUUUGGUGGAUUUGCAAAUCUCAGGGAUACGUGCUACCAACUUUGUACCAGGGCAUGUACAAUGCCAUAACUCGGGCAGUCGAGCCGGAACUUUUCCCUUGUCUACGUGAAUUGGGAAUUCGAUUUUACGCAUACAACCCAUUGUGUGGAGGGCUGCUCUCCGGUCACUACAAAUUCCAAGAUGCCCCCAAAGAAGGACGAUUCGAUCCUACACACACGCAAGGCGAAAGAUAUCGCCAACGCUAUUGGAACGAGACGUAUUUUCAAGCCGUGGAGUCCAUCAAAGCCGCCUGUGCGGCCAAUAACCUAACCCCGGUAGAAGCAGCGCAUAGAUGGCUGGUGCAUCAUUCGAAAUUGGACAAAAGCAAAGGGGAUGGAAUAAUCAUUGGCGCAUCCUCCUAUGAUCAUGCAAAGCAGAAUUUGGAAGAUUGCGAGAAGGGACCCUUGCCCGAUCAAGUGAUAGCUGCCUUGGAUGAUGCAUGGGCUAAGACGAAGAGCAUUGCACCUUCAUAUAACCGUUAAUGGUAGCAGAUAGUGGUAGAUCGCUAGCUAGUGUGGACAACACCAGAAGUGGCUUAGUGUAGCCUUAUCAUAUUUAAAAUCGCCUUCAACAUACACGUGCAAUUUGCGGUCAAUGACGAUGUUAAGGAAGGAAUUUCUCUCUAA